AUGGCCCUUAGAAGACAAGGAGAAGAAGUGACUAAGAUAGACAUGCACACUAACAUCCUUCCUGAUAAAAAGUUGCGGAAGAAUAUUCAAAGUUGCUUUAGAGCACUGAACCAUAUGGAUGAUAAAGCUGCUUUGAGCUACAUUGGAGAUGAGGAAUUUGAUUCUUUGAAGGUGUUCAAAAUUUUGAAGGAAGCAAGAGAGCUCACCGUUUCUCUUCUUCAGUCCAUCUUUAACUUCUCAUCCAUGCCGAGGCCAAAGACAAAAGCCAACAGAUGGUCUCUUAUUUCAAAUGCAUUGCAUAAGAGGAAAAUAGCAUGCAAGGAUGAGAGUGAGGAUGUUGAAGCUAAUGAUGGAGGUGUGCCGAAGAUUCAAUUCCAAUUGCAGAUGUUUCAGAACAGCAUUGAACAUAGUGAAGAAGGAUUAGAUUUCUUGUAUAGAAGAAUAAUCCGAAACAGAGUUGCAGUUCUUAACUUCUUCAGUUUGUAA